CGCGCGUAAUCAGCCAGUUGGCGAAACGGACAGCAGGUAGGCCACUAAGCUGUAAGACCUAUAUAUAGCAUUCUGCACAGGACACAAUGUAACAUCCCAGGGUUAUUCUUCAUUUUGUACACCUGCUACAUGAGAUAUGAUGGACCGAGUCACAUCAUCUGAUCGAGUGAACUAUGGCAUCGUCCUCGCGCUGACGUCGAUCAGCUUUAUGCUGCUGCGAAAAUGGAUAGCUGGUGGUGUCUGCAAAAGCUUUGCUCGUUUGGAUGGAAAGACAGUUGUGAUCACUGGUGCCAACACUGGGAUUGGCAAGGAAACUGCAAAAGAUAUGGCUCGUAGAGGGGCUCGGGUAAUUAUGGCCUGCCGGGACUUGACACGUGCUGAGAAAGCUGCAGAAUAUAUUCGCCGCUCCACAGGAAAUGGCAAUGUAGUCAUCAGACAUUUAAAUCUAGCCUCUCUCUAUUCUGUCCGAGAAUUUUCCAAAGAGUUCAUAUCCACAGAAGAACGACUGGAUAUACUCAUCAACAAUGCAGGUGUGAUGAUGUGUCCAAAGUUGAUCACAGAGGAUGGCUUUGAGACACAGCUGGCUGUCAAUCACUUGGGACAUUUUCUUCUGACCAAUCUACUAUUAGGAGUGCUAAAGAGAUCCUCCCCCAGCCGCGUAGUGAAUGUGUCCAGUGUUGUACAUGUUGGUGGUAAGAUUGAGUUUGAUGACCUUUUCUUUGACAAAAGGCCUUACAGUCCUCUGGCCAGCUAUAAACAGAGUAAGCUGGCCAAUGUGCUUUUCUCCAAAGAACUUGCACGAAGAAUGAAAGGUACAGGAGUUUCCUCAUACUGCCUGCAUCCAGGAGUGAUUCGAACAGAGCUGAAUCGUCAUAUUCUGUUAUGGUACCCAAUGCUGAAGACUAUACUGUCUCUGCCCAGUAUGCUGCUGAUGAAAACUCCCUGGCAGGGCGCACAGACCUCCAUCUACUGCGCUGUUGCUGAAGGCUUAGAGAGGAAGUCUGGCUGCUACUUCAGUGAUUGUGCCGAAAAAGACCCUGCUCCAGAAGGAAAAGAUGAUGCAGUGGCAAGAAGGUUGUGGGAGGAAAGUGCUCUACUGGUCGGACUAAACAACCAGCACUGACACUCUUCCUGAUUGCAAGUGCUCCCCCUAGUGGUGAUACCUGUGACCCAAAAAUACCAGUGAGGUAGCAGAACCACAGAUAGGACAUCAUGGCAGA